AUGGCUGCGGAAUGGGAUCUUUUUGCGGUGGUGAGGAGUUGCAAGUCAACCAGGAACACCGCCAGCUCCAGCGUAGCAACCAACCUUUCCUCGAAAGGGAACAGCAGCGGUUGCAACGAUGACCCUUUGGCUUAUUUGCCCUCAUUGGCGGUUGAGCAAGAAGCUGACCCGUUUCCAUUUCCUAAUCAAAGUAAAAGUGGUUCUUACCGUUCUUUACGAGAUUCUCAGGAGCCCGUUUUGACACAAGCUGACCCCACCAUCGUGGGCAAUUAUCGAGGCGGAGAUCCGUGCUUUUUGGGGCCCGUUGAGGGUGGAUACAUUGGCCAACAUUAUCGGUUACAACACCAGCUGCUGCUGCAACAACAACAACAGUUCGCCGUCAAGACGAACCUAGCUCCUGUUUUCACUUUCGAUCAGUUUCUAAACCAGAGUCCACCUCGACCGAAGAAGUCUAGAAAGCGAGUUGUUCAACUUCAACACCAUCAGUUUCAACAGCAGCAACAACAAGAACCGGCCACCAUUACGACGAGCCGAGUUCCGGUUUUCACUUGUGGUCAAAUUGUGAACCAGCGACCACCUCAACCGAAGCGGUCGAAAAAAAGAGUUCAACAUCCGGAGGUUCCAAGAUUAAGAAGGAGGAGGAACCAGCCGAGUACUGUAUGCCAUGUAACGGGUGAUAAUCUGUCUACUGAUCAAUGGUCAUGGCGUAAAUACGGACAAAAGCCCAUCAAAGGCUCCCCCAACCCAAGACACUACUACAGGUGCAGCAACUCAAAAGGGUGCUCGGCGAGAAAACACGUCGAGCGUAGCAGUUUGGACCCCGACAGCUUUAUUGUUGCCUACACCGACGAACACACUCACAGCAAGCCUACUCGAAGAAGCAAACUAUCGAAGGCCGCCGCCAAUGUUUCUUCCUCCUCUUUCAUCUCUCCAACGACGCCACUUUCGGCUCCUGAAGACGGAGAUGCCGCCGACACCAUGCAAAACGCGGGCGAUAAUGGAGUUAAAGAAGGUGAAAACGAUAAAAACAGGGCUCUUGAAACGCCUCCUGUUGUAGAGAUCGAUGAUGAUGAAGAUGUUAUUUUGAUCCCCAACUCGCAUGUCAAUGAAGAUCUUCUCGAAAGAAUGGGAGAACUCCUGGGUGGUGCUGGUGGUAGCAGUAGUUCUGGUAGUGGAUUAGAACCUAACUGGCCGGCCUUUGGUGGCAACUUCUCUUCUUGGUGCAGCGGUAACUCCGCCUCCGGAGGCACCGCUGGUCGUGGCUGA